CGAGGUCUUAUCAGGACGAGUGCCAUGUCGGACGACGGGCUCAAGCCUUUGGACCCUGCUUAUGUCGCUCAAGUGAUAUCCAACCCGCCUUUUGUAUCCGUUCCCGGUGUGUCCAAUGUUCGCGACUUGGGGUCAUACCCUACCACCAUGCCGAACGGCAUGACGAAGCCAGGUUAUGCGUUCCGAGCAGCUGAGGUUUCAAAUGUAACCACAGAAGGGGAGGAACAAAUGAGGGCGCUUCGCAUAACUACUGUAUUUGAUCUUAGGUCGGAUCCCGAAAUGAAGAAGUACAGCACUCCGAUACCCACCAUUGAAGGCGUACACAUAAUACGUACACCGGUAUUUAGAAACGAAGAUUAUAGUCCGGAAAGCAUGGCUAAGAAAUUCGAGUUGUACGCAAGCGGAACGACUGAGGCUUUCAUGCAACUAUACACUCAAAUACUCGAGCAUGGGGGCACGGCCUUCGGUACCAUCCUCAGGCAUGUGAGGGACAAGCCAAACUCACCAUUCCUAUUUCACUGCACAGCCGGCAAGGAUCGGACUGGCAUCAUGGCGGCUAUCCUCUUGAAGCUUGCAAGCGUAGAGGAUCAUUACAUAUGUCAUGAUUACUCCCUAACCCGUAUAGGACGAGAACCUGAUCGAGAAAAAGUGAUCAGGCGACUGUCUACAGAACCCUUGUUCGCCGACAACACUGACGCCGCAUUGCGCAUGCUUACGUCACGGUACUCGACCAUGUCAGCAUUCUUGGAGCUCCUCGAGCGAGUGUACGGAGGAGUAGAAGAAUAUGUGAAGAAGUACUGCGGGCUAACGGAGGAGGACAUUUCGAGGAUACGAACUACCCUUGUCGUAUCCCCUCGAUCCCGGAUUUAACACUGUCGGCGCGACGCGCUGAACGCAUGAAGACUAAAACGCGAGCAUCUCCACCAUAGUUGCACUAGUACUAUUCCACGCUCUUGGUAUAUAUAUCCGGGUUCAUCCAACCACUGUACAUACAUACACUUCCAUGCAAUAUUUUAUGCAUACCUC